CCCCCCACCCCCUCCUCUGAACAGAGAGAAGGGAAGAGGCGAUGUGCUGGUGCGAGGUGAAGCUCGGGAAGAGACUGAAGAGCUGGGCGCAGAGGCACCUCAACGUCGGCUUCGUCGUCGGCUUCCUCCUCCUGCUCGUCACCUGCCUCGUCGUCUCGCAGCAGUUUGUGACCAGCGCCUCAAACUUUGUCACUACGGAAGCACAACGGAUCACGGAUAAGCAGCAGAUUGAGAAGGGACAGGUGGUGUGCGACACGGAGGGCCCCUUCUCCGACUCCUGUGAAGUCGACGGCCACGUGCGCACCAACGGCACAGCCGUGUCGGUGGCCAUCGUCCCCACGCUAUGGUCGGAGCGCCGGGAGUGGAGGAUCCGGCCGUACUCGCGCAGGACCGCGUCCGGCGUCAAGGAGGUCACCGUGACGCAGCUGCAGGUCCAGGCCGCCGCCCCGCCGUGCAAAGUGACCCACAACGUGCCAGCCAUCUUGUUCUCGCUCGGCGGGUACACAGGGAACUUCUGGCACGACUUCAGCGAUGUGCUGGUGCCGCUGUUCGUGGCGUCGCGGCGGUACGGCGGCGAGGUCCAGUUCCUGAUCAGCAACAUCAACCCGUGGUGGCUGGCUAAGUACGAGACCCUCCUGUGGCGGCUGUCCAAGUACGACGCCGUGGACCUGGACGCCGACGUGCAGGUGCGGUGCUUCCCGCAUGUCACCGUGGGGCUCCGCAUGCACAAGGAAUUCAGCAUUGUUCCCGAAUGGGCGCCGGGGGUCCGCCUUUCCAUGGCCGACUUCACACGGUUCCUUCGCGAGACGUACGCGCUCCCACGUGGCGCGCCGGUGAGCCUGACGCGGGAGCCGGACAAGAAGCCGCGUCUGCUGCUGAUCCACCGGGGCCACUAUCGCCAGUUUGUAAACGAGCAGGAGAUCGUGCGGGCAGCAGAGGCGGUGGGGUUCGAGGUAGUCGUGAUGGAGCCACGAGGUGACGCGCGCGUCGAUGAGCAGGCGCGAACGGUGAACUCGUUCGACGUGCUGCUGGGCAUGCACGGCGCGGGGCUGACGAACGCGGUGUUCCUGCCGGCGGGCGCGGUGCUGAUCCAGGUGGUGCCAUACGGGAAGCUGGAGCCCAUGGCGAGGAGGGAGUUCGGCGAGCCGGCGGCAGACAUGGGGCUGAAGUACCUUGACUACAGCGUGACCGCGAGGGAGAGCACGCUGCUGGAGAUGCUGGGACCCGACCACCCGGUGAUCCGUGACCCAGAGUCCGUGCACCGCAGCGGCUGGGACAAGGUUGCCGAGUUCUACCUCGGCAAGCAGGACGUCCGCAUCGACGUCGCCCGCUUUGCGCCCACGCUCUCGCAGGCGCUACACCACCUACGCCAGCAGUAGGGGGCAGGGAACGCAUCGAUGGGAUUGACCAAACAAAACCAUACAACAGUCAUAUGCAUUUGCCGAUAGGUUAACUCAUCAAGUAAUACUGGUCGGUUUUGACUU